AUGAAAGAUCCGUCGAAGAGCUCAAUAGUACUUCGCGUAGUACUUGAAGGAGUUUUGAUAAUUGGACCUACACAUCUAAAGAUUAAUUCCUCCGAAACUUUUUUGCAACUUUUCAACAGGGUCAUCAAAAAUCCUCAAUCCUAUGACAUUACAAAGAUUUCAGCACGACAGAAUUCUUCGCACGAUUGGCAUCCGAUAAAAGAACCCUCCUGGGACUUCCUGCAACAUCCUUAUUGGAGACCUGUAUUCACUGUGUGGAUUCAUCUCAUGCAAACUGGCCGGCGCGAAAUAUGUUUUGACAUUUCGAGAUCCCUGCGCUGUCGAUCGAUCACUCCGAUAAAGGAAAAUCAUAUUUCAAACAAUGUUGAAAAUGUGUUCAGCCAAAACUUUGUUUACCUGAAAAACACCAUGAACAAAAAGGAAUCUUAUAUCAAAACUAGCAGCGAAAGGGUAAGAGGGUAUGGGAAAGGCGAGACAAAAUAA